AUGGAAGACUACUCACCAUUUUCCGUAAGCAUUCUGCGAUCCGACGAUUACGAAAUAAGUCAGGAAGAUUAUAGUCCAACUGUAGGAGACGAAGAAAUUGAGGAUCCAUUCGCAAAUAUUUUACCGGACUUUUCGGAGAGGUUGGGUAAUUUUCUUAACAGGUUUGCUACCUCAGGGAAAGAAAAUACAGAAAAUAUAUGUCUUACUCGCCAAGAUGAUGAUAAAUAUAUUAUUUAA